AUGGCUGCAAUACGGAAAAAAUUAGUUAUUGUUGGUGAUGGAGCUUGUGGAAAAACAUGCUUAUUGAUUGUUUUCAGUAAAGAUCAAUUUCCAGAAGUUUACGUUCCAACUGUAUUUGAAAAUUACGUCUCUGAUAUCGAAAUUGACGGAAAACAAAUUGAACUAGCUUUAUGGGAUACAGCUGGCCAAGAGGAUUAUGAUCGAUUACGGCCACUUUCUUAUCCAGAUACGGAUGUUAUUCUUAUGUGCUUUGCUAUAGAUAGCCCAGACAGUCUUGAAAAUAUUCCUGAGAAAUGGACACCUGAAUGCAAACAUUUUUGUCCAAAUGUUCCGAUCGUUCUUGUUGGCAACAAGAAAGAUCUUCGCAACGAUGAAGCAACCAAAAGGGAAUUGAUGAAAAUGAAGCAAGAGCCAGUUCGGUCUGAUGCGGGUAGGACUAUGGCCGAUAAAAUCGGUGCAGUAGGUUAUCUUGAAUGCUCAGCUAAAACAAAAGAAGGCGUUCGUGAAGUCUUCGAAUUCGCUGCUCGAGCUGCCUUAGCUCGUAAAAAGAAACGCAAAGGUGUGUGCUCGUUACUUUAA